UGGCCGUAGCGAACACGAAAACCUCUGCAGUCAUAAAAAUCUGCCGUAAAUCGUCUGGAGGCUCGAUGAAAAUGUUCGUGUGAGUUGCACAACGUGUCACAUGGUGUGGUGAGGAGCGUGGAGCGUAGAUGAUGGCUGCUGUCGGCAGCAGGGCCCGGUAGUGACGCGCGUGCGCGGAUCGAUCGCGCGGCAUCGACCGACGCAGCGCGUAGGCUCGGCGCGCGACCGGCGCGGCGCGGGCUCGGCGCGCUCUCAGUCGCGCGCGGUCACGGCGUGCGAGCGCGCGCAUCUUAGACACGUGCAUGGCGCGCCGAUCCGCAUGCCUCGCGCCCUCGGGGAAUGGCUUCGUCCGAGGCAGAUGCGACUACCGCGUCGAUCCUUGAAGUCGAAGUCGAAGAUGACUGCCUCAGUGUUCGAAAAUGGUGGUGUUUUCUGCUCUCGUCGAUCUUCACGUUCCUCGCGGGGUUGCUCAUCGUGGUGCUAUGGCGGGCCUGUGCGUUCGUCUGCUGCCGGAAGGAGCCGGAGCUGGCCCCGAACGAUCCGAAGCAGAAGGAGCAGAAGGCGGCGCGGCAGGGCAAGCAAGAGUUCGAGGGCACCUUCAUGACCGAGGCCAAGGAUUGGGCCGGCGAGCUCAUCUCCGGACAGACCACCACCGGACGAAUACUGGUAGUGUUGGUGUUCAUUCUGAGUAUAGCAUCGCUCAUCAUCUACUUCAUUGACGCAUCAAGUGAAGAGGUGGAGCGAUGCCAGAAAUGGAGUGACAACAUUACUCAGCAGAUCGACCUUGCCUUUAACAUAUUUUUUAUGGUCUACUUUUUUAUACGAUUUAUAGCAGCUAGUGACAAACUGUGGUUCAUGCUCGAGAUGUAUUCAUUUGUAGAUUAUUUCACGAUACCACCAUCCUUUGUAUCAAUAUACCUGGAUAGAACGUGGAUAGGGCUAAGGUUUCUAAGAGCUCUACGCUUAAUGACCGUGCCUGAUAUUUUGCAGUACCUCAAUAUAUUAAAGACAUCGAGCUCCAUUCGGUUGGCGCAAUUGGUUUCUAUAUUUAUAUCAGUGUGGUUAACAGCGGCCGGAAUUAUUCAUUUGCUGGAAAACUCCGGUGAUCCAUUGGACUUUACCAAUUCGCAGCAAUUGUCAUACUGGACUUGCGUAUACUUUCUAAUAGUCACCAUGUCUACAGUAGGUUACGGUGAUGUGUUCUGCCACACAGUUCUUGGCAGAACCUUUUUGGUUUUUUUUCUUCUCGUCGGCUUGGCAAUGUUCGCUAGUAGCAUUCCUGAAAUUAUAGAGCUGGUAGGAAGUAGGUCCAAGUACAGUGGCGAGCUGAAGCGUGAACAUGGAAAAAGGCAUAUUGUUGUUUGCGGACACAUAACAUACGAAUCAGUGAGCCAUUUUUUAAAAGACUUCCUACAUGAAGACAGGGAAGACGUGGACGUCGAGGUUGUUUUUUUACACAGGAAACCGCCCGACCUGGAGCUCGAAGGCCUGUUCAAGAGACACUUUACCACUGUGGAAUUCUUUCAAGGCACCAUUAUGAAUCCAAUCGACCUACAGAGGGUAAAAGUUCAUGAAGCGGAUGCCUGCCUGGUGCUGGCCAAUAAGUACUGCCAGGACCCGGACGCCGAAGACGCCGCGAACAUCAUGAGGGUCAUCUCUAUCAAGAACUACUCUGACGACAUAAGGGUCAUCAUUCAGCUGAUGCAGUAUCAUAAUAAGGCUUACCUUCUGAACAUUCCAUCUUGGGACUGGAAGCAGGGCGAUGACGUGAUCUGCCUGGCGGAGCUGAAGCUAGGCUUCAUCGCGCAGAGCUGCCUCGCGCCCGGCUUCUCCACUAUGAUGGCCAACCUGUUCGCCAUGAGGAGCUUCAAGACGUCCCCCGACACACAAGCUUGGCAGAAUGAUUACCUGCAGGGUACGGGCUGCGAGAUGUACACGGAGACUCUAUCCACCUCAUUCACAGGAAUGAGCUUCCCUUCCGCGAGCGAGUUGUGCUUCACGAAGCUGAAGCUGCUGCUGCUGGCCAUCGAGAUCAAGGGCGAGGAGGGCGCGGACAGCAAGAUCUCCAUUAACCCCCGCAGUGCCAAGAUACACGCCAACACGCAGGGCUUCUUUAUCGCGCAGUCCGCUGAUGAGGUUAAAAGGGCUUGGUUUUACUGUAAGGCUUGCCACGACGACAUCAAAGAUGAAACACUCAUCAAGAAAUGCAAAUGCAAAAACUAUGUUGGAAUGAUGAUGAUGCAGACUGGGAUGGUGAAACAGAUUAAUUCAUAUCGGGGUUUAGACGUGGCUACGUUCAGGAAGGGCGUACGAGCCGUCCAGAUGGUUGGCCGGGCAAAUGACCACCAUCCUCCCCCCACCUUCACGCCGCCAGAGUUGCCCAAGAAGGUGCAUCAUCGAGGUGAAAUCGCGAGAGAACGAGGUGAAGACAUUAGUUUAAUAAACAGAAACCAUAGAAGUGCACCGAAUGCUCUCCUGUCUCCAAACGCGAACCAGCUGAUGAACACAACGACGACGAGGCAGGUCAACAAGGUCAAGCCAAACGUAACCAGAGCUCCACCUGACACGAACCCUCCGGAUCAGGACACGAAUUACCAAGCGUACCACCUAGCCUACGAAGUGAAAAAGCUCAUGCCGACGAGUAGGAGCAGCGGCGGCAACCAGAACAGUAACGGCGUGAGUCUGCCAGCGGGCCUGGCCGACGAUCAGUCGAAAGAUUUCGACUUCGAGAAGACUGAAAUGAAAUACGACUCCACUGGCAUGUUCCAUUGGAGCCCCGCCAAGAAUCUGGAGGAUUGUAUAUUAGACAGAAACCAAGCGGCGAUGACCGUCCUAAACGGCCACGUGGUGGUCUGCCUGUUUGCGGACCCCGACUCGCCGCUUAUAGGGCUGCGGAACCUCGUGAUGCCGCUGCGGGCCUCCAACUUCCACUACCACGAGCUGAAGCAUGUGGUGAUUGUUGGGAGCGUCGACUAUAUCAGAAGGGAAUGGAAGAUGUUGCAGAAUCUGCCAAAGAUUUCUGUUUUGAAUGGUUCACCGCUAAGCCGAGCCGACUUGCGUGCAGUGAACGUUAACCUUUGCGACAUGUGCUGCAUACUGUCCGCAAAGGUGCCGUCCAAUGACGACCCGACGCUGGCCGACAAGGAAGCUAUCCUGGCUUCGUUGAACAUCAAGGCGAUGACCUUCGAUGACACGAUAGGCGUGUUGAGUGGAGGCGCGACCAAUGGGAACGCGGCGGCGCAGCCCCCGCCGGGGGCCCCGCCCGCACCGGUGCUGCUGCAGCGGAGAGGGUCGGUGUAUGGUGCCAAUGUGCCUAUGAUUACUGAGCUGGUGAACGACAGCAACGUUCAGUUCUUGGACCAGGACGAUGAUGACGAUCCUGACACGGAGCUGUACCUCACGCAACCGUUCGCCUGCGGCACCGCCUUCGCCGUCAGCGUGCUCGACUCGCUCAUGUCCACUACGUAUUUCAACCAGAAUGCCUUAACCCUGAUCCGGUCGCUGAUCACGGGCGGCGCCACGCCCGAGUUGGAGCUGAUCCUCGCGGAAGGAGCUGGUCUCCGAGGAGGGUACUCCACGUCCGAGAGUUUAGCGAACCGGGACCGGUGUAGAGUAGGUCAGAUCUCCCUGUACGACGGGCCGCUGGCCCAGUUCGGGGAGGCCGGGAAGUACGGCGACUUGUUCGUGGCGGCGCUGCGCGCGUACGGCAUGCUCUGCAUCGGCCUGUACCGGUUCCGGGAUACUUCGUCCUCGUGCGAUGCGAGCAGCAAGAGAUACGUCAUUACCAAUCCGCCGGAUGACUUCAUCUUGCUGCCCACUGAUCAGGUAUUCGUCCUCAUGCAGUUCGACCCCGGCGUGGAGUACCGCUCGUCGCGGCGCGCGGGCUCGGCCACGGGCAGCGGCGGCAAAGACGACGCCUCCUGACUGCUGCUGUGCAGCGCCCUUACCGACGGACCCUACUCCUACAUCUAAGCCUCCGGGCUCAUAGGCGGUAGGGCCCGACGCCACUCCACAAGCCCCCCAAACAAUUCACUUUUGAGUUAUACUAUUUUAUCUAGGUUGCGCAAACUCUUUGGUUUUAUCUUCACGAUUAUUUCCAUUCGAAGCCAAAAUUCAAAGUUUUUGUGGUGAUACCUUUUUCAAAUUAUUAUAACUCGUGCCCGAUUUUAUUUCUUCUUGCGUUUUAAUUAUUUGGAAUUGGCUAGCUAAGUACAAGUUAUGUUACACGUCCACUGACACGGCACAGCAAUCUUCACCAUAACU